CUCUCUUUUCAGACAAGCUCACUUUUCCAACCUCCGCUAGCUUCUUUUCUUACCACUCCCAAACACCCACUUUUUUUCUUCAUCUUCUCUCCUUGAAGAAGCACACAAGUCUUGGUACCAAUAUAAGCAAAAGCCUUAAGAUUCCUCUGUCUCAACUCUCAACAACCUCUGUUUGUGUAAUGCUCAAUUAGCACCAAAGCCAUGCAUUUCAUAAAGGAGAAACCAAUACAUGGGAUUGCUCUCUGAUAUUCUUCCCUGUUUACUUGUUUUCUCUUUUUGGGGUUUGUGUUUCCUGGUUUCUUCUGCUCUGGUUAUUUUGUAAAUGAGAGAAAGAGAGGGUGGUGGCUGCUUUUAAGCUUGGUUUUUUUAGAUGGGUGCUCAAGAUUACUGGGACACGGUGCCGCCAACAGUGGCUCCACUGAAUUUAGAAAGGGAAGAGCACUGGAGACGUUUUGACAACUCAGUGAAUGCGGUUUCCUUCGGUUUUGUAGCCACUGCAAUUCUCAUAUCAAUGUUCCUUGUUAUGGCUAUCUUUGAGAGAUUUCUCAGGCCAAGAUCAUUGUCCUCCAAUGCCAGAAACCGCACUGAUCUCGAGUCUCAUACAACUUUCAACGGCAAGCUUGAUUACCCUUCUCCCAAAAUGACAAUUUAUGCAAAUGGGGUAUCAGUUCUGAUGCCUGGUGAGGAAACACCUACCUUUAUUGCACAUCCUGCUCCUGCACCAUGUCCGCCGGAGCGCAUCUUGAAGCCUCUGCAUCACCAGAAUCAAAGCAUUGGUGUGUCCUCAUCCUCAAGGGCAAGCUGAACAUAGCAUGGCCUGAUAAUAAAGCAGCUGAGUGGUAGAGCACCAGGGUUUUGUUUCACAAAUUCUUUUUAUUGAUGCCAUCUAUUGAAUUCAAGCCCGCAACUAGUGAACCCAGAAUGUCAUGGGAGGGAAAUGGAGGCCAUGAAAUAUAUGCCUGUUGACGUUUGUACAUCUGUAUUUGAAGAAAAAUGAAAUACCGAUAUACUUCUGAAAACCAUGCUUGGAAGAUUAGAGACUAAAGGAAGUGUGGAUGCUCCAUUAACUUUAUAGCUAAAAGAAUUUCAGUGCUCCAGUUUUAUUAAAACUCACAGAGGGCUCUGGAGUCUGGAGGAAGUGUCCAAUUAUGCACCCCUCCUUGUAGAAGAAGCACGCUGCAACCUAAGCCCAUAGUAUUGCCAUUGCAUACCCAAAAUGAUUAAAGGUGGACCUCAAAUUUAAC